GUUCAUUGCACAUCAGCUCAAAUUCAUUGACUGAACCAUUUCCACUUCACAUCCAGAGAUCUCAUCGCUGCUUCUUCUUUGAUUUGAGCUUGUUUGGUGAGGAGUUUCAUGGCGGCUCUGUCUGUGAAUAUGGUGACAGCCAACCUGUUACUGAGUGUCUUCUUUCUGUCAGGUGCUUUGGCUGCUUGUCCUGAGGAGUCAGACCUCUUCAUUACCACACCACAGAACAUGGAAGCACUGACUGGAUCUUGUUUGCAAAUCCCAUGUAACUUCAGUGCUACACAUGGAAAGCUGUCAGACAAUGGAACAAAAAUCACCGGAGUGUGGAUUAAAAAUCAUAGAUUUUUUCAAGGCAGACCAGAAAAUGUGAUUUUUAAUGGUAGCAAGACAGUUAAUGAAUAUCCAAUGAACAUUACUGGAAACCUGGCUCAGAGAAACUGCACCACUCUGUUUUCUAGUUUAAUCACUAACUACACAGACACAUACUACUUCAGAAUUGAGACCAGGCCAUUCAUAGCAACAGCUAUUUGUGAUACUCUUAAUAUAACAGUUAAAGAUUCUCCUACGAGCCCCAGGAUUGAGAUCUCAGGUGAGCUGAAGGAGGCGGAGUCUGUGACUAUAACCUGCUCAGCUUUAACUCCCUGUCCACACUCCCCUCCUAAACUCACCUGGAACCUCCAACAAGACCCUCACAACAAAAUAGAGGAAAACACAGAUGGAACCUUUACAACUAAAAUCCAGGAGACCAUCACUCUGUCAGACAAACGUGAUGGAUACAACAUCACCUGUUCUGCCAGGUAUCCUGUGAAUGAAGGAAGAGAUGUGAAGACAGCAGAGGGGAAAAAGACUCUCAAUGUUUCAUAUGCCCCCAAGGACACCUCAGCGUCCAUCAGUCCCUCAGGUUUGGUGUCAGCAGGUAGCUGGGUGAACCUGACCUGCUCCAGCAGAGCCAACCCUCCUGUCAGCCGCUUCACCUGGUUCAAGAAGAGCACAGGUGGAGACCUGAGCGUAUCUGAAGGAGCCUUUUACACUUUCAAUGUCACAGAUAAGGGAGUUUAUUACUGUGUGGCCACCAAUGAUGUCGGAAAUCAGACGUCAGCAGAGAUCCAUCUGUCUGUUGAAGGAGAGUCUCUACCAUGGGGACCGGUUCUUGGAGGAAUCGUUGGGAUCAUCGUUCUCGUCUGUUUGAUCGUCUGUGUUUGCUGGUUGAAGUCAACACGUCCAACUGCACGACAGACUCAGAGUCGAAUGGGUGAAGAGCCGGCUGUGGCCGAGUCAACCAGGAAGACAGAAGAAGACGACGACAUCCAUUAUGGAGAGAUCAUCUUCUCCGAGCGGAGACCUGAACCGUCCUCGGCCUCCCUGCAGGACAGUGGACCGCAGGAGGACAUGGUGUACGCACAGGUCAAAGUGUCCAAGAAAGCAGACAGGUCCACAGAGACAGCUGACGGCCUCGAGGAUCUCUACGCUCAGGUGAAGAAGAAAUGAGCAGUUUGUUCCGUGUAAAGACAAAGGUCACAUCUGAAGAGGAUUCAUGUUAAAUGAGCCUUCAUGUUUUUUUAUAGUGUCUUUUGAGUCUAAACAUGAAAAU